AUGACGGCGGAUGCCUAUCGCUCGCACUGGGUCAUGGUCGAUCGCGUUGCCAAGGACAAACUCCGACACCAGCACUCGUUGAGUCUGUCUGAUCAUUAUUGGCUCAUGCGCAUGGAUAUCGAGGCGUUGAAGACGCGUGUCGCUGGUGUCGACAGUGCUCUGCCCGAUACCGACUUGAUGCGGAGGAUCGAGGCCAACUACGCACAGUUGCGCCAGCACCCGUCAGCCAACGUCCAUGUUCCGUACCUACAAGCCAUAUUCUCGAGCCCUGUCGCUUUGCACGUCCAACUUGCGGUCAAGAGGCUCUGGGAGCUUCUCGCGUGGUAUCAAGACUGCCCGCCCGCGUUGCUUCGCCUUGUCUGGCGAAUCGCCCUUCAGCCGCCCGCUCCUGUGCGAGAAGACCUCAAGUUGGCAAUCCUGGACGCUACAUGGCAUAGGUUGCUGGAUUCCUCUCACGAGCAAGCUGGCGGGAAACCUACAGCACAGUCCGAUCGAUCUGAGAUGACGCUUGUGUCCGUCUCUGGUCCCCAGACAGCGCAUCUUCGCGAACCGACGAAUAGCAUUGACCUCGUACCUUUCCUGCAGAAUGCUCUGUUCGUCCGACCCAACACGCAAGCGUGCUCCACGUCGAAACACGGCAUGUCAUCUUGGGCACUCUCCGUCGCACGGACGGUCUUCACUCCCGAUCACCUAGACGAAAACUCCUUGGAACACCGCUGGAACUGCUUCCUCCUCCUCGCAGUGGCUAGUAGCCCGGGUCGCAACGGCGGUGCGAGCAUCACGAACAGCUACGCCAGGUGGGGCGCAGUCGUUGAUUGGCAGACGAUCUGCGCGUUGGCGUCCCUACACAAUGCCAUCAAGUCCGAUGAGCAACCCCUCGACGUGUCGUUCUCCGACGCCAUGGUGCAGAGUCUUGGCAAGGUACUCGGUGGGUUGUGGUAUCAUUGGUCGUCCCUCCCUGGGCUGGACCACGCUGCGCGACCGCGCGUGGCUACCCGGGCUAUAUGCGCGUCGUUCAUGCACUUAGCGGGUCGCUUCAAGAACCGCCGCGUCGUCGAGGAUUGUCGUCAGCUCAGCGCUGCUUCACGCCUCUGGGAAGAAGAAUCGGGCGACGCAGCCACGUCUCCGAGCUUGCGUUCCCUGGCUCAGGAGCAGCUCGUGGCGCUCUUGCUAACAGGUUCUCAUCCCGAAAUGGCGACGUCGGUAACCCUGCAAUGCCUCCAGGAGGAGCGCGUGCUUACCGACGUCUACAACGCUGUCAUCGGGAUGUUCGCGUCGGAGGACGUCAUGCUUGCAUCGGAUCUCCGGGACAUAGCGCAGCGUGUCGGUAUCCCAUCGUCCACCGACACUUCAGUCGAAUUGGCCCUUCAACUCGCGAAGCAGAGCGACAUCGCACGAGCCAAGGGGUUUCUGUCCGACGCGGCACUCUCAUUCGAUCAGCGUCUUCGAGUCCUGCAUGAAAUCUUAGCGCAGCUGAUCCAGCGGGGCCAUCGGUUCCGCUGUGCUCGCUUUACCCCGGACGUAGUCGAUGCAAUGCUCAGCCACUUGUCCUCUCCCUGUCCCCCUCCGGCGAUGCGCUCUGUCCUGGAGACAGUCUUGCUGUAUAUGCCACGCUUUCAGAACUCCAAGGCGGCUGUGACGCUUGUGGAAGCGGUGCUCAAGACCGACAAAUCGUACUUUUCGCGGACCUUCCCCGAUCUGUUCAUUCGCAGUUUACUCAGGCACAGGCAGUUCAGGCACGCGAAGCGAACACACGAACUUGCACGGGGGCUACGCGUCCGUGGCACGCCUUCGUCGGAGUGGUUGGCGUCUCAGCUCUCCAAUCACGGCUCAUCAACUUUGGCUAAGAAGAUUGCAAAGUCCUCUCGCACCAAACCAGGCGUACCCGACGUGGCGAGGGUAGUCAAAUUCAAGGAGGCUCGUCCUUCUCGAUCCCUAGUGUACAAACUCCCCAGUCUUCUUCGAAGGCGACGAUUGCGGGAUAGCCCUUCUAUACAUCGUGCUCUGGAGGUCCUCGUUCGCGCUGGACGGAUACGUGCCGUCAAGCAGUUAUACAGCGAGCUCCACGAGAGUCAGAGCCCGAACGCAAGAAUCGCGAUCGGUAACAGCAUCCUGCACCAGAGUAUGCAGCACCCCACUCGUUCACAGGUCGGUCGCGGGGUGAAGACUCUGAGGACGCUCACUGAGCUGGUCGAUCAGUAUGGUUUCGUGCCGGACCGCGUCACAGUUAACGUCCUCGUCAAGGCGUAUAUGGAGUGGACAGCAGGGUUUACGAACGAAGACCUCCGCGCGCUGUUCGACCACUUCGUGCGGAUCGGUUAUCCCACCGGAGGUGGGGCACUGUCUGGGGUGCCCUUUGGGACCGCGGAGGGACCGCCCCCGGUCUACCUCCCGGCACCCAAGUCGCCUCUCUCGUUCCGCAAGCACGCGCGGCCGCUAUAUAAAAUGUUCGUCAAGGCGUUCUACCGGAGAAGCGAUGUGAGUGCUGCGAGGACCGUGGUGAAGAUCUUGAAGGCGGCCGAGGCUGAGUCGGAGGAUUUGCUUGAUCGCUGGAGACGGAGCCGAGCGUGGAAGGAACGGAAGGCGACAGGCGAUUCGACGUCGUCUAAGGGUGUGUCCAGGUAG